AUGAAGCAAUCCUCAGACGUCAACACGGCCGGUGUCCAGGCCCUCUCAACCGCCCCUGGGCCGCUCUUCAGAGCCGGUGGGCUCCUCGGCACCCAGCGCUUCAAGCCCGUGUCCAAGGAGGUCCUUGACCUGGACCAGAGCGCCCGGCUUGCCCUCAUCCCGGGCUACCAUGUUGCGACCGGCGGAUCGGUCGCCAACAUUGGCAUCAGCGUCCUUGAAGGCGUCCCGUCGCUCCAGCUCCCCGUGGCGGCUUUCGAGCCUGCCGAGGGCGAUGUCCUCUCGCGCUCGUGGACUUCGCCUGCGGGCGAGAGCAAGACCAUCGAGCUGCCUCCCUAUGCCGCUCAGGAUGUUGUCGAUGCUGGCAAGCGCUUUGACAAGCACAUCAGAGACAAUGCUCUCGCGUGGGCGAGCAGGCAGGGAGGGGCAAUCAGCGCUGUGGCUGCCCUUGCCCAGGCGAAUGAUAAAACCUUGGCCUACGCCAGCCUCUUCCCGGACUGUGCCGCACUCAUGUUCUGUGCUGCACACAAGACCGGCUCGGCCUCGCUCGACCCGUCCACCACGGACGAGGAGGUCCUGGCCCGCAGCGGCGUCGUCGACGACCAGGGCUACCCCCUGCGGGGGAAGGCCUCGAUGCCGCGCAUGGUGCUGUACCAGCUCGACGCCGUGCUCACGCUGCAGACCGGCUGCGACCUGCAGGCGCGCGUCGUCGCGGGCCUCGCCGCCCUGCGCGCGCAGCCGGGCGGCGACCUGCGCAGGGCCUGGCAGCACUACUUCGUCGUGCUGGCGGCCCUGUGCGCCAACGGCACCGUCAUCUUCAGGGACCAGCGGCGCCGGGCCGUCGACAACCACCAGCAGGAGGAGUAUUCCGUCCCCGAGUCUGUCCGGGACAUCUCCAAGGCCCUGGACGCUCUCAUCGCCCAGUUCCACGACUGGGAGGCCGAGAAGAAAGGGGAGUUGAACCGCGAGGAAGCUGCUGCUUCUGCUGAGCCCUUCUACUACGCGACUAUCAAUCGGGGUGAGUCCGGCGAGGGUCGCGAGAUCGAGAACCUCGACUUGUGGAUGCAGAAGCUCAGGGCCUGA